UGUUUAUGGGCGGUCGUAUGGCUUACCAUCAGGCGAACGGCAAGCUCGUCUCGACAUUUAAAGCAAUAAAAAAAGUUGCGAGCCAUGCUUAGCUUAGUUUAUAAAUCCAGCAUCUCCAGUUUUCUUACAAAUUGGCAUAGAUUGGCCGCUGUUUGAUCCAAAGAGCCAGUCUCUUUGGCGAGGGUCGCCGAUUUCCAUUUGCAUUUUAGCUGUGGUUAUUGACCGUGGCGUCUUGGUCUCUUUUAUAGUGCAUUGUUUUUGCAGCAUUGAUUUAUAAGGGUUCGAUUUAAAAAGUAAUUUUGUUUUAUUAACUUUAUUAUUUAGAUUUUGAAUACUUUAUGAUGUUUUCUUAUUGAUUACACUAAUGUACCUACUAUUUCAGGUAGGUAUACCUACCCCCCUUAAACAAAAUUCUGCAAGAAUACAGGUACGUAUUAAAUUAGGUCACCUAGUUCCCACGGUGAAUUAAACAUGAGAUUUGACGCAGCCUGCAGUAUCGAAGAAAAUAUACAUACUAGAAAAAUCUCGAUACUUAGUAUAGUGACUUUCUAUGAUCAACUUAAAAUGGUUUUCUUCGAUUAUAUUUUCUUUGAAAUUUACGAAAAGAAUGCGCGGAUUAUAUUAUUGUUUUAUUAAUGACGUUUUAGUAAUAAUCACGUAAACCGUAGUUACUUCUUUUGUUUUUUUAUUGCCUUAGUAGGCAAACGCGCGAGCGGUACGCCUGACGGUAAGCAGCACCUGUCGCCCAUGGACUAAAGCAAUACCAGAGCCGCAGCCAAGCCGUUGACUACCGGAAUGCAUUGUUUUAUGGUACAAGAGAGGUUUACGUACGUCUACGUAAAGCCGCUCCUAACAAUCUUCUACAAUAUAUUUUACCGGUAGAGAGAAAAAGUAUUGCCGUGAGCAAUAACAAAUUUUAGAAUGUAAUAUGAAUCUGAUCGCGAAAUAUCCUGUAAUCAUUGAACCAAAAACAUAGCAUUAUUCUCACACAGUCAAACAUUAUAUAAUUAACCAUGUUUUUUUUUAACGGACUUUAUUAUUUAUUGUACUUAUAUAAAAACUUGUUCACCCACUCUUAAAGCAAAAGAUACAAAUAUUAUGAAUAAUUUAAUUAUAUUAUUUUAGCAUACAUUUAAAUCGCAAAAAAAUACGUAAUAGUAUUUAUUAUUAUAUAAUAAUUGUAAGCCUUAGAUGUAUAAUUUAUACCAGAGUUUGCAAAAUAAUAACAUACGUCAAAACCUUUGGGUUUUGUCAAAUUCGCCGAAUUGUUGGAGCAUUAACCCAACGAAAUAAAACAAAACAUUCGUGUACUGUGUAUGUGUCCGCGUAACCUUGAGCACCUUACAUAAUAUUCUGUUAAGUAAGAAUCUCAAUGGACCGGCCAAUGGCGGACAAGACUUUCUCUCGGCCCGUCUCAGUUUCUAAUAGAUACUACUAAAUUCAAACGUUCCGCAACUAAAAAGGCGGCAACACGCGUGUUCCAUUUUCAAAAUUAAAAAACUUGUCACACCAUAAAUCAUUCUGGUGGACUAAAAUAGCGUUCAAUUUAUUUUAUUUUCAUAAGUUAUACAAUGUGGUGGUUAGUGUUGUUGUUGGUUAUGUGCUUGUUAUAUUAUUCGAGGCAUCGGUUGCGAUAUUUCUCAUCAAGAGGGGUGAAAACGCUUCCGCCGGUCCCGUUUUUGGGCAACCUGACAGCUGUCACUUUGGGACGGGAGAAUUUCGUGGAGGCAAUCGGAGCGGGCUACGACGCGUUCAGAGAUCAAAGAUACUUCGGUCUAUACCAGUAUCUGGUGCCAACCCUGGUGCCUAGAGACCCUGAGCUCAUUAGGCAGAUCAUGGUGCGAGACUUCCACGCGUUCGCUGACCGAGGCGUCCAUAUUGGAGUGGAUUGCGACCCGCUGUUUGGACGGAACCUUAUCAUGUUGACUGGUUCAAAAUGGCGUGCAAUGCGCGUGGCUUUGUCCCCUGCGUUCUCUGGUGCACGUUGCCGCAACAUGGCGCCACUCAUGGCGGAAAGCGCGCGAGCUGUCGCCGACCAUCUGAACGAAAGGAUAUGCCAACAACAGAUUAUGGAUGUUAAUAAAAUCACAAUGGCCUACGUGAAUGACGUCAUCGCGUCUUGCGCGUUUGGUUUCGCUGUAGACUCACUGCAAGAACCAGACAACUGCAUCUUCAAGUUGGGGAAGAAAGCCAUUGUGCAGGACACUACUCAGGUCAUGAAGUUCUUCGGGUAUGAGAACAUGAAGACUGUUAUGAAGCUGAUGAAUGUUCAAAUAAUCUCCACACAAGACGCUGAGCAGUUCUCUAAACUGUUCAAGUCAGCGCUACAAGCAAGACGAGAGAACAAAGUGAAACCGAGACCUGACUUCAUACAAAUCCUAGUGGACGCUGCUCAAGGAAAAUCUCGGACGGAGGAAGGUGAUGAUACAAAGAAUAGUCAACAAUACACAGACGACGACCUGGUAGCCCAAGCAGUAUUAUUCUACGUGGCCGGAUACGACACCACAGCAAACCUGAUCAACUAUUUCCUGUACGAAAUGGCAAUUAACCAGCCCGUCCAGGAGAAGCUGCAGCAAGAGUUGGACAGAAUGCCGGAUGAUCCAGAUGAUCUGUACGAAGCUAUCCAGGAUUUAGAAUAUUUGGACAUGUGUGUUUCUGAGGUGCUGAGACUAUGGCCGCUGGUUGGAGCGUCGGACAGAAGAUCUGUUACUAUGUAUGAUUUUGGACCAACAUACGAAGGCAGCGAAGACAGGCUAAUUGCACCAGCCGGUAUCCACGUCUGGAUACCAAUAUACUCCAUCCACAGAGACGAGAAAUACUGGCCAGAACCAAACCGAUGUAUACCAGAACGAUUCUCUUCUGAAAGGAAGGGAGAUAUAGUUCCUUACACUUAUUUGCCUUUUGGAACUGGGCCUAGGCAUUGUAUAGGUUCCCGCUUCGCCGUCCUGGCCGCGAAGGUGUUCCUGGCGCGGUUCGUGCGGCGCCACCGCACGCGAGCGCCGCGCGCCGCCUGCCGCCUCUCGCCGCGCGCCUUCAUCCUGCGGCCCGCCGACGGCUACCACCUCAUCGUAGAACCUAGAUUUCAAAAUAAUAAUAAACUUUAA